UGUUCACUUCGCACAAAAGAUUUAAAUCUCCGGCUAGUCCGUCAGUGUCCUUGAAAGCGAGCCAUCACCAAGAACUGGUGUUUAAAGGCCCAGCAAUUAACCCAUCACGCGUCUUGAGCACUUUCCGCUACUUCUUGUGCGUCCUACCACAAACCAUUUCAUCGACCACGUUGGGUCAGCCAGUCGUGGAGAGAGUAAAGCAGUCUCUUGAACACUGGCUUGGGUUUAAGAAGUCCUGAGACGGCGUCAGGUCGUGCGUGUCUAGACCCAUAUGGUCGUCGUUUUCCAAACAUUUCCAAACGUGAUGUUUGAUGCCGUCUAAAUGACCACUAACGUGAUUUAUUUAUGGACGUUUUUGUGGAUGCAAAUACGAUCUACGUGUAAACAAUGCAAAUUGUAGUGAUAAAUCUUGAUUGCGGUGGUAUCGCAUUAUGUGGAAAGUGUGGGAAGGCAUGUGUUGGGAUUAUAGUCGGUUCUGAGUGGUGUGUUGUUUAAUUUUGGGCCUGAUUCGGGUGCUGCACUUUGGUCUUAUUUCGAAAGUACAAUUCUAUUUUAUGGAUGGGGGAAGUACAGCAAGCGUCGGGGGAGUCCAGGAGACUAAUUAGAUUAGUUCGUUGGACGUUUUAACGAUCAAGAUUCCCGCCUCUAAUAGUUCCGUCAUCUUUGGGAAAAAUGAAGUAACGAAUCGAAAGUUUUUGCAUUUUCAAUAAUGAGACUGGAAAACAUGGACGCAAGUUCGAGCCCCGACUCCGAGAGCAUCACUCCGGAUGUAAAUUUGAUGAGUGACGAAUUGAAUUUUUCCCCAAUUUCCGAAGAAGCGCGCGAGAGCGGGGACGGCGACAGCGGCGCGGAGUCGAAGGAAAGCCCCCCCGAAGACACAACGAAGCGGCUAAAGGACAAGCGGGCCUCAAAGAUCCCCGUCAGGCGGAAAUCGGGCCACAAAAUCGAAGACGACGCGCUGGCCCCGAUCCUGGAAGCACCUGAGGAAUUUCGGGCGGAAGAGGGCCACCGCGAGGAGCCGUCCGAGCGUGACUGCGAUAAUGCAUGUUUGGCGGAAACCGGCGAUACGAGCUGGCGGGCAGAGGCCGGAGGAAUUCCGAGCGAGGAGCCCCCCAAUCAGUGUGGUAACAAUGCAGUCGUGGGCGACACUCGAGCGCUUGCCAGUGGCGACGCAAUGAAUGAACCUGCGGAGCAGUCGCCGACGACGGGCCCAUCGAUCGCAAUCGGCGUCGCAAAAUGCGCACAGGCGUCGGGGUGCAGUCGCGUUUCGACCGCCAAGGUCUGCGUCGCCGAGCCUCCUGAUCCCAGCAGUGCCCCUGACGCAAGUGCCCCCCAGCUGAGCUGGAAGUUCGAGAACGGGCGGCUCGUCUUCGAGGAGCAUGGCCCGGGGGACAGCGACAGCGACGAAGUAGCGCCGCUCAGCAGCAAAGACCUCAACAGGCGGGUGGACGAGGGCAGGUCCCGGCUCAAGUACCUGGAGCAGAAGCUGAAGGAGGCGGGCAUCACCGAUGGGCCCCUAGAGCAGGCGGGCGAUAAAUCCGCCGACUACGACGCCAACCAGAACAUCGUCAAGUGCGAGUUCGACGUGCGCCAGCUGGGCUCCUUCUCGCCCAUCACCCACUGGGAGGUGUACGAUGAGCUGGAGGAAGUGACCGACGACACCAUGGGCAUCGACGGCGAGCGGGCCAAGCACAACCCCGACCGCGACAACCUCAAGUCGCUGCUGAAGCGGCCGGGGAAGAGCAAGGACAAGCGCAGCAACCGGGUGGUGUUCAACGAGAACAAGAACGAGUUCUUCGACGCCGACUACAUCAUCCUCAUCCGGGAGGAGUGCGACUACGACGACGAGGACGACGACGGGGUCUGCACCUGUAAUCAGCAUGAAAUGGUGCGGUUGACGUGCUGUGAACCCAAUUGUAACUGUAAUGUGUACGAUGGUUACGAGCAAACGCCGCAAAGUCCCAAGUUUGCACCGCCACUGGAGUUCGUCGAUGCUGUUACUCUCAGCCCUCCGGAAGGGUACAAGGACAUGGAGCUGGAGGAGCAGCAGUUGUUGGCCUUGCAGCAGAUGGCGAGGAGAGGACAAAGGACGGCCGUUUGUAGGGAGUGUAGUGGCGCUCAUGAUGACGACGAGGACGGUGACGGUUCCCAGUCCGAUAACGAAGCUGGCGGGGAGGCAAAUUCCGAUCACGAGGAGCAAGAGGAGAAGGAAAAGACUGACCAAAGCCAACAGACCACCCCCACAACCCCUCCGAACGAUUCCGAUAGUCCGAAUAGUCAACGAUAUAUCCUUGAAACUAUAACUAUGACAACUGUGACCGAACAACGUAUCCUUCGGGAGAUUGAAGAGGAGAGGAAAACUCCGCCUACGAAUGCUGUCGCGGGAGGAUCGCCUAUCAAUGGGAUCCUCAAAGGAGGCAAGCUUUGGAAGCAACAGAGUAUUGAAGCGACUGUGGCCAAGCCUCCGGAACCACAGCAGUUAAUUGAUUCAAACGUGGCUUCGGAUGAGGAGGGUGGCAGCCGUCGUUCGGUUCGUUUUAUAGAAUCGGAGCAGAACAAACGUGACAGUUGUGACGGAGCGCCCGAUAAUUCCGUGGAAGAGACCAGCAAGACGGAGAGCAGUAACAGCCAACCAAAACAGAGCGAAAAUUGCAGCAGCUCGAUAUCGCCCGAAUCGACCGAAAUGAUGUUGACUUUCAAAUUGGGUAAUCACGUCCUAAUUUCCAACAACAGUCUGAAACCGAAUUCGGCGGUGCGUCAGCUCUUCCCCUGCACGAAACAGCUGAAUGGCAAAGCGGAAGACGAAUCUAUACAUCAGUAUCUGGUAACUGCGGAGUCGCUGCGAGCAUUCGAAGAAGCCAAGCGUUCGAAGCUACCACAAAUCAUUCAAAGUGGGGAAACUGAUGAGUCUAUUAAACGAGCUAUUGAACGUAACACCCUCAGAAGGUCCCUCAUUCGCUACGAACCGAGGAGCAAAAAGAACGUGCAAAAGACUGACAACUCUCUCGUUGAGAGAAUUAAACAAUUAACUUGUGAUGUGGACGAUAUUAAUCAGACGGAGGAAAUACCGCUCCGGGCGAGUCCUCCGGGAGAAGAGGCCAAACACUCGCCAGAAGUCAAUCCACCCAAGAACUCGGAUAAAAGUUUCUCGCCGUCUUCGUCAUCAACAGCCAGCUCAAACUCAUCCUCGAUGUCUUCCACUUACAAAAAAAUUACUGAUUUGUUCGGGAAACGGGACAAGAUGCCCGACACCAACCCGACGAACGAACCGAAACUCACCCCCUCGCUGCCAGACCUGGGCAACGGGGGCUCACACCUGCAUGAAAUUGCAGAAGCCAACCAUGUGGCCGUUUCCAAAGUCAACUCAACGAACGACUCCAGGAAACAGUUUCUUUCCACACUCGCGCCACUCACGGCUUGCGUCAGUGGUCUAGGGAAUGGUGAAGAGUAUUACUACCAAAUUAAUAAUCAUGUAGGGGAGAGGGCUUCGGUUGCGAGCUCGGUGGGCACUGAAUACAGCUUAGAAGACAUAGAUGAAGGCUUGAAGACCACUGAGGAGGAAUCAAAGAAGAUUGCUCCAGAUGUGCUAGCUGGAACGCCGUCGGCGUCCGAAUCUGGUGAUGAAUUAGCAAUGUUUGUUCAACAGGAUGCCAGUCGAAUCGAACGAAUUAAGAAGAAAUAUCAGCCUGAGCAGUCAAACAAGGACGACGAGGACGACGAGCACGACGACUACGGCUUCAACCGUCGUCCCAGCGUCCGCGGAAUCAAACCUCGCUUUGGCUCAACGACUGAAAUCCUGCAACAGAUCCAAAACCAGCUUCAACCCCCAGCCGCAACUGCCCGCGUCGCUUGGCCCUACUAUUCUGAAAGUGGGCUGACCGUCGACAACUCAAAAUCGCGCAACAUGAACCAAAACAUGCAAAACUAUCAAUACCCCAACGUACCUGAAGAAGUCAAGACUCGCAACAUCCCGCCACAGUACCGCCCCACGUCCCUCCAAGACGAAAACAUCUACCAAAACUGUACAAAUCAAAGAUGCAUUCGGGAAGUCUACCGAGCAAACGGCAAUCAAACCUACUCCUCGUUCGUCAAGGUCGGGGGCUGCACCGAGUACUACCAGUCGUUCCCUCGCACGCGGAACGGCCGCCCCCAGUCGCCGCCGCCCCUAGAACUCUCCAAAGCCUACCACCAGACCAUGGUCUACAUCCCCUACAACCACAUCGAGGGCUACCACAGCCCCUACUACCAGUCCAACGACUACGCCAGGGUCUCCAAUCAGAACCAGAUCAACAAGAGGUACAUUGAGCCCAUCUACCAGCAGCGCAUCCACGAGGAGCCGCACUACAACAUGCUGCCCAUGAAGCCCAUGGUGCGCCCCCCGCACUUGAUGCCGCGGAGCGAGUCGCCGGUGCCGCAGUUCUCCACCGCUCGGUCGACGCAAACGCCCCUCGCCACAGCCUCGUACUACGGGACUCGCUACCGCCCCAUGGUGGGGCCGUGGCCGACUGAUUGCAAUUACGUGAAAGCGAAUAGACAUAGUUUUCCCUCGGCUGUGCCUCGGUACCCUGACAGCGUGUCGACCGACAGUGAUAGUCAACACAGUCAAAUCAACGGCUUGGGGUACCCCCAGAAGGACUCUCUCCCGAACUCCCCCACGAAGCCGCGCUUCCACGAGCGGGGGGUCCCCGAGGGGGCGGCGGCGAGCGCACCCGCCCAGGACGCCGCCUCCCAGAGCUCCAGCAGCACGAUGACGUCGCCCACGUCGCCACAGAACCCGCCGCCGCCCCAGAAACCGAUGUUCUACGCGAUGAACGUUUGACCAGAUGAAUAGUUGCACGUCAGAGUCAACAUUUGCUUCGUGAAAUCGAACGGGAAUUGAAGAGGAGCGAGAAGGCUGGGAUUCGCUUUAAUGAAAGCAUUAUCGACAUAAAGAAGACUUUAACGUAGGUUAUAAUAACCAUAAAGGCAGAAUAUUUACAGUAUUCCAAAUUAUGUGUAGGUAUGUUGUUUAAAUGUCACGGUAACGAAUCUUUCAAUAAUUGUAGCAAAGGGUUCGUGUUAUUCAAUAUUGAUACUAAAUUACGCGUAGGUAGUUUGCAUAUUUGAGGAAGAUUACGUUCGAAGUGUUGCUACAAUUUUUCAAACUAGAUUUGUUAUGUUUCAUUUAGAUCGAUUCAGUAUUGAUAGAUUAACAACAAGAGGUUGUUACAAAAUAGAAGUUGUAUGUUUUUUUAAUGUUAUAUCAAAUGUAUAGAUUAGUAGUCAUUGUUGCCAAAAAUGAGAUUCCAUUACCAAAGUAUUAUAGGUACCUAGAUAAGUGUUAUUGACCAAAUAAUUGAUAUAUUUUAACUCAUGCUUUCAAAAGGCUCUUUGUCCAGUUUUAGUUAGACUUACCUCGAUAACGUGUGAUUCAAAAUUGACAAAGUUGCUUUCAACUACUUGAAAGUAAUGUAGCUUUAAUGUAUUGAUUAAAAUAUUUAUUAUAAAAUUGUUUACUAAACUACUUUUAAUAAAAAGGAAAUUAAAAUAUUUAUUUAUCAAUGAUAAAAGUGAGAUAAAUAUUAGAACGGUCUAAUAUUUUGUAAUUUAUUAGAUAUUCUAUGUACAAAACGAUCUUUUUAAAUUAAGUAUUGCUCAGAAAAUAAUAUACACUGAACGGUUGGAAUUGGUUUUUGUAAAAUGAAAACGUUGAAGAGAAUAUAUUAUUUUGUUAAUGUUUUUAUGUUGUAUUGAUUUUCUAAUAUUUUAUAUCAGCAUUGUUUAUAACGAUUGAUCUUAUAAUUGCCCGUCAACUGACAUGUGUAUGAAAUUAUUAAUAAAUCUUACUACCAUAA